CCAACACUAAAGUACCAAAAGCCAUUCCCUCAAUUCUCUCCUACAUAUCUCUCACUCCCUCAGGGCCUCACUGUCUUUCUCCGGCCUCCAUUAACAUCGCAGUAGGUGAGCUCAACGAAAUGUCCCCAAAUCGUACUCUUCAAGGCGUCUUCAUCAUCUUCUUCUUCACCUUGGUGGUUUUCUUCCUGCAGAUAUCAGCUCUAUCUGCUGCUCCAGAAAUGCCACAACCAGACCCAGCUCUGAUCCAGCCAUUCUACCCAACCCCAUCUCAUCCAGCCACGAUCCCAGCUUUCCCUGAACAAUCCAACCUCCAAGGCUGCCCUCUCGACCUCCCAGACGAGCUCUUCCACGCCCUAACCCACGCUUGCGGUGCUUCCAAUGGAAAUAACCCAAAUGCACACACAGGGCUAAGGCGAAGCCGCUGCUGCCCUGUCCUGGCCGCCUGGCUCUACUCGGCAUACUCAGCCACGGCACUUCGAAGGGCAGCCAAGAACAGGAUGAGCACCCAGCCGUACGACCUUCCCGUACUACCCGAUGAUUCGGAGACCUGCGUGGGUAACCUGGAGAAUUCGUUGCAGGAGAAGGGAAUCCAACUUCUUCAGCCCAACGAAACUUGCGACCUCGUUUAUUGCUAUUGUGGUAUUAGGCUCCAACCCUUGAGCUGUCCUGAUGCGUUCUCGGUGUCGAAAGAAGGGAAGCUGUUGGGUGGUGAGAAUGUGGAUCGGCUUGAGAAGGAUUGCUUGAGCAGUAGAAAGGGCUUCUCGAGUCUCGCUGGUUGUUCCAAUUGCUUGAACUCACUCUAUCAGCUGAACGAGGAUAAGAGUGUAAAUUCCAGCAAAGCGGACAGGAAGAGCAAGAUGCAUAACAAGGACUGUGAGUUUAUGGGUCUGACGUGGCUGCUCGCCAAGAAUCGAACGGCUUACAUACCAACGGUAACUUUGGUCCUUCGAGCUCUCAUGAUGAGCACCAACGGCUCUGAUCCUAAGUCAUGCAAUCUGAACAGAGAUGGAAUGCCUUUAGCCGUUGAUUCUGCUGAGUUGGACAAUCAAUCUUCCUCCAUUAGCCUUCUCUCUCCUGUCCGGCUCACUAUUGCAUUGGGGUCACUUUCUUUGGUUUUUCUCUUUCUCCUUUCUUAUCCAUCCGGUUUUAAGUUUUGGUAGCUCUAGCCUUUGGUUGUGUAAUUGCUGCUUUUUAGGGAUUAGAUUGUUUAGGGUAAGAAAAAGAGAAGAUUAGUUCUGUACGUACCACUUUUCUUUUGUCAUUUUACUGAUCCGCCACUGUGUUUGUGUAUCAUCAUCAACAUCACCUCUAAUGUAUUUUUAGCUCAAGGUAUCCGUAUCA